AUGGCGACUCAAACGGAUUGUCAUAUGGGCAGCAUUGUGGCUUUUGAGGGAAAGGCAGACAUUGUGUCAACCCAACUUCGUCUUCUUCCCACAUCACCGCAACUUCUCAUCCUCCCAAGUGUCGAUUCAUACGUCAAAUCCAGGGACCAAGAGGAAGAUCAAUGCUUUGACACGCGUUCUUUUAUUCGGAGAGUUCACGAUGCUUUUAUGGCGCGGACUGAGGCUGCACGAAACUUCUUAAACGGCGCGACUGCAAACCACAAACGACUGGUUUUCAUUAAUGGAGGCACCUCAGGAGCACAAGCCCUCUGUGUCAAGGAAAUAAUGAAGCGUGAAACCCACGGCGACAGAUCCGAAGCCGAAUCCAUGUUCAAAGAAAUCACAAAAGAUGGCUUAGCGGGUCUGGAAAAGCAGAUAUCAAGCAUGGGUAGGGAGCAACGAUAUACCUUUGGGCAUUCAACAGCUGCUAACGAUAAAGAAGAAUUAGAAGAGGACCCAAUUACAAGAGCUAUGAGAGCAGCUGACGCUCUCGACCGCCAGACGGCUAGCCUGCAACCCUGCAACACGUUCGAACUGGGUCGACCAACCCGACCGCGUAGUUCGAGUUUGCCAUUGUAUGGGUUUUCUGACGAAUUUGAGGAUUCCACGCCUUUCUACGUGUUUGGCCUCGCAAGAACAGAUGAAGAUGUUGCCCCCGACGAAAGUACUGACAAUCUCAGUGAGCCGCCCACCCCAAGUGUGGUAAUCACCAGACCCAGACAAUUGUCAGUAGAGACGCCUCGGCUUGGGCCGUCCUUCUCAACCGUCUUCUAUUCCGCCAGCUGCAUUGGGGAGGCAUAUGAGUCCAUCACUCCGGACUGUCCGCCAGAAGCAGCAGCAGUUUCGCCUACAUCCGAAGCCUGUAGUCUUCGCUCAUCUGAGAAGGUUGUCUAUGGAGAGGCCGCGGUCUUUGACAUGAGAAAUUCUUGCUCACGAAAUUCAAUAUGCCGUGUAAAAUCCCUGGACAGGAUUUAUAAUGCCAGCCCUAAACUCCGAGAUCCUUGCAUCCCCUCACAAUCAUGGCUAGCAGAACCAGAUACACCUAGAGAUUGGCAACACCGCCAUUCGAUAAUUUCGGCUUCAGAUGCUCAGGAUCGCAGGUUGAGUCUAAUAAGCCUUGUUGACAAGCCACGAACUAUUAUGGUAAAGUCACGUCGGUCCAUCGGGAAGAUGGAACCAGUUCCGGCUGAAAAAAGGAGAGAGAGAGCUCCGAAGGCACCAGAGAACCCUAGACCAAAUUACGUUGACCGAGGCACAGAUGCACAAGAUACACCCAGAGAUGUUUCCUUCCAGCCCAUCUUUCCUCCAAUUGAAGAUCUUGUUGUAUACUUCAAGGAUGAGUCUUCGGAUGUCAUGCUAGAAUCUGCCGUCAACACGCUGAAGAAUAGACGAUAUCCUCUUCUGUCACAUUCUCCAACAAUAUCAGACGUUGCAAAUACGGGGACAUCUGCACCUAGCACACCGGUGUAUCAGCUUUUCCAAGAGAGAGACCAUCUUGAAACCGGCAUGAGUGCAAAUGAACCUGGCAUGGCUUCUCCUGAACCCGAGGAUUAUGAUCCUUUUGCCUACAUGCAAACAAUGUGGCGACCAGAAAAGCCCGCAGAGCUAGUUGCAGAAGUAUCUAUCGUUCGACCACCAACACCUGCGCGAACGCCUCCACCAACCACCCUUAAAGAUAUCGAGCAUAAGAUCCAUGAAUUCCAGGUCACCUCAGGCCAUACGGCUGUGUCCAUACAGAAUUCGCUGCGCUCCAUCCUUGGCGAGUACUUUCCACCGGAUACAAAAGGCUAUCACCAGUUCCAGUUUUCUCUCCUCCCAGAAUUUGAUGAACUCUGGAAACCAAUCUUCCGAGGAGGUGACCCAGGCACCUCACAGCGGAACGACGGCACUAGCACAAAUAUCUUAGCCAUUGGCUCCCAAACAGGUGUCAAGAAAGAGUAUUCGCUGGCAGUUAUUGGCAGAUUAGAAAAGAUUGGCAGGAAGUCUUGCGAAAUUGUCAAGACCGGCAGAGUUGACUUCAGAUACUUGCUCGCCAAUGCGAUGCAAGCUUUUACUGCUCAAAGACUGGCCAACCAAACCUCCGACAAUCCAUUUACCAACUCGUUCUUGCUGGCCACUCUUAUUGUUCCUCAUCUCGAAACCUAUUUGGCACUGCAUACUGAUGUGCGGCAUCUGCUCCUUAUCUACCCACCGGAGCAUUUGGCGACUGUUUUGGCAUUGCAACGACUUGUUGGAGUUGAUGCCAUGAAAGUGGCCCAAAUUGUCGAUGCGGAGAGCAAGGAAGACUCAUCAUUCACCAAUAUUCGUGGUGCAUCAAUCAAUAAUAACAAGCCUGAAGGCAAGCCCACGCGUUCAUUCUCUCCCAGAUCUUCGUCCGAAAUUGAUAUAUCGAAAGCCAACUAUCUUUUAACCUCUACCGCCUCUGAAAAAGACAUUGCUACCUUUGUCUCGACAGUAUGGAAUAUAAAGAUUGAACCUCCUGUGGCACCAAACUCGGAGCAGUCUACAGACAGACCAUCAAAGAAGAAGAGACCCCCGCCGCUCAGUUUACGCAAGGAGCCUCUUCCUUCAUUACCCAAGCUUGCUAGUCAAAACCUAGUGUCACCAACGUCCGUCGCUCUGCCACCCGUGCCUCCAGUACCUCUUGAGCCCGCGUCGCCUACAGCGUCGCUACGUGCACCUUCGCUUGCUGAAACACUCAAGACGCUGAAGUCGGCGAAGAGUAAGUUCAGCCAGGGCAGAUUGCGGCCGAAAAAUAAUCAACAGGCUGAAGUUGAGUCCCUGACUGAUUGUGACUUCGAUGGCGACAGCGAUGAUGACAUGUAUGAACGCAGGCUGAUGCCAGUCUUCAUGCAAAAGCACCCGGUGCGCAAGCCGAACAGCCGUAAAGCGCUCAAGUUUUUGGGACUAGCAUAG